AAAAACUCCAACGCAAAAUCUACGCUACUUUUUUAGGGCUCCACAAUAUAUACACUCACUGAUUCACAGCUCAAAAUCUCACAACAAUCUCUCUCUCCGCGUAUCGUGUCUACUCUAUCAGCGUUAUCAAAUGGCGCUGCCGAAUCAGCAGACUGUGGAUUACCCAAGCUUCAAGCUUGUAAUUGUUGGCGAUGGCGGUACAGGGAAAACUACAUUUGUAAAGAGGCAUCUCACCGGUGAAUUCGAGAAGAAAUAUGAACCUACAAUUGGUGUGGAGGUCCAUCCUCUUGAUUUUUUCACCAACUGUGGGAAGAUCAGAUUUUAUUGCUGGGACACUGCUGGUCAGGAGAAGUUUGGAGGUUUGAGGGAUGGAUACUACAUCCACGGACAAUGUGCCAUUAUCAUGUUUGAUGUAACUGCUCGGUUAACUUACAAGAACGUCCCCACAUGGCAUCGUGAUCUUUGCCGUGUGUGUGAAAACAUCCCAAUUGUGCUUUGUGGAAACAAGGUUGAUGUCAAGAACAGGCAAGUGAAGGCCAAGCAGGUUACUUUCCACAGGAAAAAGAACUUGCAGUAUUAUGAAAUUUCAGCCAAGAGCAAUUACAACUUCGAGAAGCCCUUCCUUUAUCUGGCUAGGAAGCUCGCUGGUGAUCCUAACUUGCACUUUGUUGAGUCGCCUGCUCUAGCUCCACCGGAAGUUCAGAUCGAUUUGGUUGCUCAGCAACAGCAUGAAGCCGAGCUAGCAGAAGCGGUUCAUCGGCCCCUUCCGGAUGAUGAUGAUGAUGCAUUUGACUAAGUGGUUGUCUUGUGAGUUGUGAUGGUGUUCCAUAAAACCUUCCGCUCUAGGAAUAUAAGAGGAUUAAAUGACAAUACUUAGGACUUUGAACUGUGAUUUGAGUAGGUUGAGGGAAGAUGAUUUUAUCUUCUGAUUCAAUUCAAUGUGAUUUGCAUGUAGUUCACAUUUUCAGUUGAGCUCUUUGGUUGUUUAAUCCAUUUCACAUUUAAGUUC